GACCUCAAGUUGGCGACAUUUCAUAUUUAGAGACCGAAUAGGAGCUAUGCUGGUAAAAAGAAGGAAGAAAAUGGUUUUGAUUGAACAUUAUUUAUUUACAGGAUCUAUCAUGUUAAAGACGAACGUACCGAUGUGAUGUUUGAGCUUCAUUUUUGUGGCACCAUAUCUUUUGCUCUUGAUCUUGUGGUGACUCAACAAACUGUGAGAAGUAUGCACUAUGGCUGGGGCCGCUGCCCAGAGGAACUUACAGCUAGAAAGAGAGCCAACCCUUCCCCCUCCUCCUGCUCCGGUUCCGGUAUCCACAGUGAUGAGGAGUCGCAGUGAGCCUGUAGUCUACAAUUGGCAAUCAACCAAGACCAGUGUCAAAGAACGUAUGGCUUUUAUGUUUAACAAUGAAACCUUGAGUGAUGUCCACUUCAUCGUUGGGAAAGGAGACAACAUGCAGCGGAUACCCGCUCACAAGUUUGUCCUGUCUGUAGGAAGUGCUGUCUUUGAUGCCAUGUUCAACGGUGGCAUGGCUACAACAUCAAGCGAGGUAGAACUCCCAGACGUGGAGCCCGCAGCGUUUCUUGCUCUUCUGCGCUUCCUUUACUCCGAUGAAGUACAGAUUGGACCAGAGAGUGUCAUGACAACACUUUACACGGCUAAGAAAUACGCUGUCCCUGCGCUCGAAUCCGCAUGCGUGGAAUUCCUCAAGAAGAACCUUAGUUCUGAUAAUGCUUUUAUGCUGCUUACGCAAGCCAGACUGUUUGAUGAACCACAACUUGCUAACCUCUGCUUGGAAACAAUCGACAAAAACACCGCAGAGGCGUUAAGCGCAGAAGGUUUUACAGACAUCGACCUUGACACAUUGAUCGUUGUGCUAGAACGAGAUACACUUGGUAUUAAAGAGAGUAUGCUCUUCAAUGCUGUCAUCCGCUGGGCCGAACAUGAAGCAGUGAGGCAGCAGGCCCUACCAACAUCAGAAAACAAACGGAGGGUUCUUGGCCGGGCACUUAAACUGAUCCGCUUUCCACUAAUGACGGUAGAAGAGUUUGCCAACAAAGCUGCCCAGUCUGGGAUUUUGACUGAUAGGGAAGUGGUGAAUCUUUUUCUUCACUUCACAGUGAAUCCUAAACCAGCUACAGAGUUCCCUUCCAAUCCUAGAUGCUGCCUAACUGGCAAAGAACAGACCUUGACACGCUUUUUGCAGGUGGAGAGUAGGUGGGGGUAUAGUGGCACAAGUGAUCGGAUCAGAUUCCAGGUGAACCGAAGGAUAUUUGUUGUUGGUUUUGGGCUUUACGGGUCCAUCCAUGGUCCUGCGGACUACUCAGUUAACAUUCAGAUAAUACAUGCUGAUACAGAAGAGAUGAUGGGUCAGAACGAUACAAGCUUCAGCUGCGAUGGUACCGAUUCUACUUUCCGAGUCAUGUUCAAAGACCCUAUAGAAAUCCAACCUUGUGAAAACUAUGUUGCUAGUGCGACACUCAAAGGACCCGAUUCUCACUACGGCACCAAGGGUCUUCGGAAGGUCGUCCACGAGUCUGCUUCAAACGGCAAAGUCAUGUUCCAGUUUGCCUACGUCGCUGGAAACAACAACGGAACAUCCGUCGAUGAUGGCCAAAUCCCAGAGUUAAUAUUCUACACGUGAUCUAUAUCUGUACGCAGCGCUAUUGAUCUCAAUUUGUGUGUUUCAUUAUACAUGCGCCAAUUACUGUGGCGUCACUCGAUCACGUUAGUCCCUGGAGAUUGGUUGAUCGCAGUGUAUGCCAUGCAUUAAUGACAGUGUUUCUCAUUACAAAGUGAUUAGAAACCUCAUUUAAAUACUACAGGUUUCCUUGGAUCUCACUGAAUAUUUCUGCGGAUCACCGGCAACCCUUACUCUCCCCUUAGGAUCCAUUGUUCGAUUAAAUAUUUCUGUAUUUUUUCAAUUUU